GAUCAUUAACAGCAUGAGUUUCGAUGACAGUUAUCCAAACACUGUGUUAGCCCUGAAUUAAAUAUAGUGUUGUAGUUUCCCAUUUUGACCACUGGAGGCCAGUGAUUCUAUAGAUCGGAGUUGAGUUCAAAUGUAGCUUUUUUUUUCUUCAAAGCUCUCCUCAGUACUAAGUUGAUACAGGUUAAGAUUAUGGCAAACUGUUUAAAAAAGAAUAGUGAAUGUAAUGCCGUGGAUACCUGCCAUUGAGUGGUUGAUGUUAAGUGACGAUGUGGAAAUCGCCAUCCAGUUAUUUGUCGGCUCUCCAAGCUAGCUAAGCUGCUCCGGGGCUCCUGCUAGUGGUUAGUACUUGCUGCCACCAUAAACACGGUAAUAUUUAAGCGUAAAAGGUAAAAUAUACAUAAUAAUCGUUAUAAUAUCUGUAGUACUCGGGUUUGGAAAUCAUUUCAUACUGUUCGCCUCUGUCGGUACUUUAUUCCGAUUCUUCUCCGGAAGUGGUAGUGUUGUGCUAUGGCUGCACUGACGCGAGUUUGACGAAUUUAACCCUGCAGUUCCUCGGUGUGACCACUAGAUGACAACACAAUACAUUCACGGAGGCUGUAGGUGGAGCCAACACCGCUACCUGUCCGUCGGCAGCAGCUGAUCUGAGUGAAAAUGAUUCACACUGGCGUCUUCCUGAAGCCGCGUCGCUGUAUGGAGGGACACCGGUGACAGCAGCUCGAAGACUUUGUGUUUCGUCAAAUGGUAACCAGGACCACCGGUUUCAUAUCAGACCCGUCUGGAUGGAGGAGACCCUGAGACUAUUUCAUGGCCAUGGAGAGCAGUGUGACGAAUACCUGCAACUACAACAGUAAUGUCACCUUCUUUUACAACUCGGUGGGUAAAAAAGUCAGUGUAACAUGGACGGCGCGGGACUUUGUGGUUAUUGGACUGGGCUUGACUGUGUGUCUCAUCGUAGUCCUGGCCAACCUGAUGGUGAUGGUGGCCAUCUUCAUGAACCGCCGCUUCCACUUUCCUAUCUACUAUCUCCUGGGCAACAUGGCUGCAGCAGACCUGUUUGCCGGUAUUGCCUAUGCCAACCUGAUGUUGAACACGGGCCCCUGGACCAGGACUCUCACUAAGGAGCAGUGGUACAUCCGCGGGGCUCUGAUUGACAUCAGCCUGACAGCCUCUGUGGCCAACCUGCUUGCUGUCGCCGUAGAGCGCCACCAGACCAUUCUCACCAUGCAGCUGCACAGCACGAUGCCCAAGCGUCGAGUGGUGCUGCUGAUAGUUUGCAUCUGGGCUGUGAGCAUCAUCAUGGGCCUGGUGCCCUCCAAGUUUUGGAACUGCGAGUGCAAUCUGUCAGACUGCUCCACUGUCGCUCCUCUCUACAGCCGCCAAUUCCUCAUCUUCUGGGCAGUCCUAAACUUGCUCACUUUCUUCAUAAUGGUGGCCAUGUACACUCGUAUCUUUAUCUAUGUAAGAUACAGGAGCCAGAACGUGUCUCAGCAUACCUCUGAGAUACAGCAGAGACAGACUGUUAUCAACCUGAUGAAAACUAUUUCCAUGGUUCUGGGCGCCUUUGUAAUCUGCUGGACCCCUGGCCUCAUCAUUCUCUUACUGGACGGGCUUUUGGGUAAAGACAGCCACGCCAACGACUAUGAGAAGUUCUGUUUGGUGAUAGCUGAGUGCAACUCUCUGGUCAACCCCAUCAUCUAUUCCCUGCGAGACGACGAGAUGCGGAGGACAUUCAAGCGGAUCCUGUGCUGUCUAUGCUGGAGAGGUGUCACUCAGCAGAGGGAGCCUCCACCUGUAGAGAUUGACUCACCUUUAACAGAGACAUUCUCGGUUGCUUUUAGUCAGGCAAGAUACAACCUGUGAAAUGAAACACAUGGCUGUGUCCAGAAGUCAGAAGAUCAGGCCUUGUGUAUGCCUCAGGACACCAACAGUAAAGAAGACAGCUGGACAAUGCCUGGGGUAUGAUGGCUGGAGGCCUGCAGUAUGGGGGGAAAAAAAACAGAUUUUACUGUCAUCUAACCAGGAUAAAUUGUGUAAAAUUC